AUGGCCCAGAAGCCGAAGGUAGACCCCCACGUCGGGCGCCUGGGAUACCUGCAGGCACUAGUCACGGAAUUCCAGGAGACGGAGAGCCAAGACGCCAAGGAGCAAGUACUGGCCAACCUCGCCAACUUCGCCUAUGAUCCCAGUAACUACCAGUAUCUGCGGCAGCUGCAGGUCCUUGAUUUAUUCCUCGAUUCCCUGUCGGAGGAGAAUGAAACCCUGGUGGAGUUUGCAAUUGGAGGCCUCUGCAACCUGUGCCCAGACAGGGCCAACAAGGAGCACAUCCUGCAGACAGGGGGCAUCCCGCUCAUCAUCAACUGUCUGUCCAGUCCCAAUGAGGAGACCGUGCUAUCUGCGGUCACCACGAUCAUGUACCUGAGCUCACCAGGCUCUGGCUCCCACCCUGAGCUGACCGCCAUGCCCGUGGUCCAGUGCAUGCUGCGCUUCUCUCUCUCGGCCAACACGAGGCUCCGGAACCUGGCCCAGAUCUUCCUGGAAGACUUCUGUUCCCCAAGCCAGGUGGCGGAAGCCCGCACCUGGAGGGCUCACUCUGCGCUGGGUAUCCCACUGCCAAGGACUGAGGCCCCACAGCAGCCCUGAUCCAGGGAGACCUCAUAGCCAUGAUACCCUGACUGCUAGAGAGGAGGCCACAAUCCUAGUUGGGGCUCAGGGAGCAGGAG